AACAAGUUCUUUACUGAUACUGUUUGCAAGAAGCUUGGGUUUGCAGAGAGGAAUUUCACUGUGGAACCUGUUGGUCUGAGCGGGGGUUUGCUAUUGUUGUGGUGUAAAGAGGUGGUGGUAGUGCAGGUUAUAAACAUCAAUUUUAUUCUGCAAGUGGAAUAUAAGAUGGCUACUUCCGAGACUAGUGAGUGGCUGAUUCUAGUCUAUGCUAGCACUGAUUAUCAGAGGAGGAAGAUGCAGUGGCUAGAGUUGGAAGGAAGUAAACAUCUAUGGGGAUCUAAAUGGUGCAUAGGGGGUGAUUGGAAUGCACUUUGUGGAGAUACAGAGAAAAGAGGGGGAAGAGUUGGAUCUCAGAGCAACUUUGAGGAGUUCAAUAACUUCAUUGCUAGGAUGGGAAUGCUAGAGGUGAGAAUGGAGGGAUAUCCCUACACUUGGUGCAAUAAUAGACAGGGGGAAGACUUUAUAGAAGAGAAGCUUGAUAGAACAUAUUUCAAGUGUGCCUCUGAUCUUUCUAUGUUGUUACUGGAUACUGGUACUACUCAAUCUCUCUUUUUCAAAAGAUUUUACUUUGACAAGAGGUGGCUGAGUAAACCGGGUUGCCAAGAGGAGGUGGAGGAGGCUUGGGUUGGUUCUGUGGAGGGGUCUUUGAUGUAUGUUUUGAAAGAAAAGAUUAAGAAGACCAGGAUGGCCCUAACAAAGCGGAAUAAAGAGGCUAAAUCUUUGAAUGUGAGGAAGAUUGCGGAUCUUACACUCAAGUUGGAGGAAAUGAGAGCACUUGGUGGACAGCGGAACUGGGAGGAAUGGGAAAAAGUCAAAAAAGAGUUGGAGGAAUCACAUGUAUCUGAAGAGGAGUUCUGGAAACAAAAAGCCAGAGUCACAUGGCUUAAAGGUGGGGAUAAGAACACUCAUUUCUUCCAUGUUGUCACUAUGCAAAGGAGGAAGAGGAAUGCCAUUUCUAGAGUGGUGGAUAAUAUGAACAGAGUUGCAGCUAGCCAGGAGCAUAUUGAGGCCUGCUUUAUAAACUUCUACCAAACACUCUUUACAUCUGAGGGCUCUUGUGAUGAUGAUGAUAUUUUGCAAUUAAUAUCCCCUGUAAAUUUAGCCAAAUCUUCAGUCUUCUUUAGUAGAAAUGCUUCUGUGGGACUCAAGGCUGAAAUUUGUCAGUGUUUAAUAGGAAUUGAGGUAUGUCACUCCUCUAGAUACCUCGGCCUUCCUUUACGCAUUGGUAAAAGUAAGAAAGAA